CCUGCCCCACAGGAUGAGUUCCACCCCUUCAUCGAGGCGCUGCUGCCCCACGUCCGGGCCUUCUCCUACACCUGGUUCAACCUGCAGGCCCGCAAGCGCAAGUACUUCAAGAAGCACGAGAAGCGGAUGUCGAAGGAGGAGGAGCGCGCUGUCAAGGACGAGCUGCUGGGCGAGAAGCCUGAGGUCAAGCAGAAGUGGGCCUCGCGCCUCCUGGCCAAGCUGCGCAAGGACAUCCGGCCCGAGUGCCGCGAGGACUUCGUGCUCUCCGUCACCGGCAAGAAGGCGCCCUGCUGUGUCCUCUCCAACCCCGACCAGAAGGGCAAGAUCCGCCGCAUCGACUGCCUGCGCCAGGCCGACAAGGUCUGGCGCCUGGACCUGGAGAUGGUCAUCCUCUUCAAGGGUGUCCCACUGGAAAGCACCGACGGCGAGCGCCUGGCCAAGGCACCCCAGUGCGCCAGCCCCGGCCUCUGCGUCCAGCCACACCACAUCGGUGUCACCAUCAAGGAGCUCGACCUCUACCUGGCCUACUUUGUCCACGCGCCCGGUGAGUGCCGCUGGCGGGGACCCUCCCUGGCCCCCUCCCCGCGCCCCCGGGGGGUGGCCCCGGCCGGGGGUGCCGGCCCCCGCGUGCCUCGCACAAAGCCGCGCCGUGUGCCAAAGCACAUGCCGCGUGCCAUGUGCCGCGUGCCAAGCCGUGUGCCAUGCGCCGUGCCAGACUGUGCACCAUGA